AUGCCACCCGGAAAGCAUGAGCAUACAGAAUCGAAGGACCAUACCCCAUUGCUUGUUCUUGGUCUGAGUAGAACAGGCGCCCUCUCUCGAGCAUUGGCAGUUCUUGGGUAUGAAAAUCUCUAUGACCUCGACGACAUUGCAUGCGGAGGCCCCGAGCACGCAGACUUCUGGCUAAAUGCUGCACAGAGAAAAUUAUCUGGGGAAAGCAGCUUCAGCUUAGAGGAGGUGAACCACAUACUAGAUGGAUAUGAUGGAGUCCGCAAUGUCCCUUCUGCAGCCUUCGCUACCGAGUUGAUUAGGCACUACCCUUCAAGCAAGGUCAUAUUGCCUACUCGCAACGUUGAUGGGUGGCAUGUGUCAUGUAUGCAAACUGUGUACCAGCGUUCCAUUGACCCUGUACUUCGAUUUCUCGCCAUCUUCCAUUCGGGCUCGAACAUAUAUGCGACCUUACUGCGUAACCUACAGCAGAUAUUGUACAAAGACGACUUCCCGAAUUAUGGCAAAACAGCAUUCCACGAGCACCGUGAGUAUAUUCACCAGAAAGUGCCUCCAGAACUCCUGCUCGAAUUCAGCGUAGAGCAAGGAUGGGAACCACUGUGUAAGUUCCUGGAGAAAGAGAUUCCCCUCGAUGAGUUCCCACGAAGCAAUGGUCGGGACGUUUUCUGGAAGGGAUGUCGAACUAGAGAUAUAAAAAUUGUCAAGGGGCUGGCUGUUAAGGGUCUUCUCAUCGCCGUCUGCACUACUGGUCUGGUUGUUGCUGCAUGGUCGUAUCGCGAUCUCAUCCAAGGCCUCAUCGGCUGA